CCUCAUCCUAUCAUCUCCCCACUCCAAACCUAUUACUUCUACAGUGUCUCCCUUACAUGUUAUAACGGUUUUCCCAACGGUCUAUUUUGCAAUACAAUUCACUCUAUCACCACCACCGCCAUGAUUCACACCACCGUGUUACCUCCACCCAUGCCGUUUCUACAACUUGACUCUGCCCGAUUCUCCUCCUUGUUAGCUUCAAAGCAGAGGAUUCUCGCACAUGGGGGCCGCCGUCGACUCAGGCCACUGCAGGCAUGCAGACAUUCCAUGUUUCUCAGUACAAAGCCCGUCCUUAAAGAUGGUACUCUUAGUAUUAAAGAGAAGGUCGCAUUGAAGGAAGUGCCUGACAAUGUGGUAGUGACACCAUUGACCAAUUCUUCAGCUUUUGUGGGUGCCACUUCUACAGAGGCGACUUCCCGACAUGUUUUCAAGCUUGGAGUUAUCGAGGAUGUGAGGUUACUGUCUAUAUUUAGAUUUAAAAUGUGGUGGAUGAUACCACGAGUGGGGAAUUCAGGAAGCGAUAUUCCUAUUGAAACUCAGAUGUUGCUCCUGGAAGUAAGGGAAGCACCAGACUUUGGAGCAUCUAAUGAAACAGCAACUUCUUAUAUCAUUUUCUUGCCUGUGCUAGAUGGUGAUUUUAGAAGCAGUUUGCAGGGGAACUCAUCAAAUGAACUCCAGUUCUGCGUUGAAAGUGGUGACCCAGCUAUAGUCACCUCAGAAUCCCUAAAAGCAGUUUUUGUGAAUUAUGGAAACCAUCCAUUUGAUCUGAUCAAUGAAUCUAUGAAGAUUUUGGAGAAGCAGCUUGGAACCUUUACACUUAGGGAAACCAAACAGAUGCCUGGAAUGUUAGAUUGGUUUGGUUGGUGCACCUGGGACGCCUUCUACCAAGAAGUUAAUCCUCAAGGAAUUAAAGAUGGCCUUAAAAGUUUAUCCGAGGGAGGCACUCCAGCAAGAUUUUUGAUAAUAGAUGAUGGUUGGCAAGAUACAACCAAUGAAUUCCAAAAAGAAGGGGAGCCAUAUGUUGAAGGGUCACAGUUUGGUGGCAGAUUAGUCAGCAUUGAAGAAAAUGAUAAGUUUCGGAGAACAGCAAAUGAGGCUCAAAGCAAGGCACCAAUUGGUCUAAAGGAUUUUGUUUCAGAGAUUAAGAGGAAUUUUGGCCUUAAGUACGUCUAUGUAUGGCAUGCCCUUUUGGGAUACUGGGGAGGGCUUCUUCCAAAUGCCUCAGGAACCAAAAAGUAUAAUCCAAAAUUAAUAUAUCCAAUACAGUCUCCUGGGAAUUUGGCAAACAUGAGGGAUUUAUCUAUGGAUUGUAUGGAGAAGUAUGGCAUUGGUACAAUAGAUCCUGCUAAGAUAUGUGAGUUUUAUGAUGAUCUACACAAAUAUCUUGUUUCACAGGAUGUAGAUGGGGUUAAGGUUGAUGUUCAGAACAUACUGGAAACUGUUUCAACUGGUCUAGGAGGUCGAGUUUCUCUUACUAGACGGUUCCAACAGGCACUUGAAGAGUCUAUAGCCGCCAACUUCCAAGACAAUAGCAUAAUCUGCUGCAUGGGUCAGAGCACGGACUCCAUUUACCAUUCAAAAAGAAGUGCUAUUACAAGAGCAUCCGAUGACUACUACCCAAGCAACCCAACAACGCAGACACUACACAUAGCUGCCGUGGCUUUCAACAGCAUUUUUCUUGGUGAAGUUUUUGUGCCAGAUUGGGACAUGUUCUAUAGCCGCCACGAAGCAGCUGAGUUUCAUGCAGCUGCAAGAGCUGUGGGAGGUUGCGGAGUCUAUGUUAGUGACAAGCCUGGCCAGCAUGAUUUCGAGGUUCUUAAAAGGCUGGUACUUCCUGAUGGGUCAGUGCUCAGAGCUAAAUUUCCAGGGAGGCCAACAAGUGAUUGUUUAUUCACCGACCCAGUUAUGGACGGGAAGAGUCUUCUGAAGAUCUGGAAUUUGAACCAAUGCACUGGAGUCUUAGGCGUCUUCAACUGCCAAGGAGCAGGAAGCUGGCCUUUGCUGGAAAAUAAUACUGGACAAGAUCCUAGCUCUGAGCUAUCUGGGCCAGUCUCUCCUGCAGAUAUUGAGUAUUUUGAAGAGGUUUCUGGGAAGCUGUGGACCGGAGAUUGUGCGGUAUUUGCCUUCAGCACAGGGUCUCUACUGCGAUUACCAAAGGGAGAAAAGUUUGACGUCACAUUGAAAGUACUGCAAUGUGAUGUCUUUACAGUAUCUCCUAUUAAGGUUUACAAUCAGAAGAUUCAGUUUGCAGCAAUUGGGUUAAUAAAUAUGUAUAACUCUGGUGGAGCUAUUGAUGCAAUUGACUUCUUUAGCGACUCUUCCAACUGUGAAAUACAUGUGAAGGGGAGAGGAGCAGGUGAAUUCGGAGCAUACUCCAGCGCCAAGCCCAAGUCAUGUUCGGUAAACUCCAAGGUGGAGGGAUUUGACUUCAGAGAUGAAGACAACCUUUUGAAACUAGUACUUCAUCACACAACUACUUCUUGGGACAUUGUUAUAUGUUAUUGAGACCUUCAUUUUUUUUAGCCAGGUCUCACCCUUCACUUUGUGCUGUA